AUGAUAGGAUCUUUACUGUACCUUACAGCCAGUCGACCAAAUAUAAUGUUCAGCGUAUGCAAAUGCGCUAGAUUCCAGUCAACUCCUAAGGAGUCACAUCUUACUGCAAUAAAGCGAAUCUUCCCCUAUCUUAUUGGAACUCAAGAUUUUGGCUUAUGGUAUCCACAUUCUACUAAUUUUGAUCUUAUUGGAUAUUCAGAUGCUGACUUUGCAGGUGACAAAACAGAUAGAAAAAGUACCAGUGGUACUUGUCAAAUUUUGGGAGAAUCAAUUAUAUCUUGGCAUAGCAAAAAGCAAACAUUCGUUGCAUUAUCAACUACUGAGGCUGAAUAUUUAGCCUUAGGAAGUUGUGGAACACAACUAGUAUGGAUGAUGCACCAAUUGAUUGAUUAUGAAUUAUCUUAUGACUCUAUGCCUAUUUUCUGUGAUAACACUAGUGCAAUUAGCCUUUCUAAAUAUACUGUUCAUCAUUCUAGAGCAAAACAUAUAGAUAUUAAGCAUCAUUUUAUUAGAGAUAAUGUAGAAAAUGGUGAUUUUGCAUUAGAAUUUGUGGAUUCUGAAAAUCAACUUACUGAUAUUUUUACAAAACCCUUGCUUGAAGAAAGAUUUUGUUUCCUUAGAAAUUGUCUCGGAAUUAUUUAG